AUUCAACUUGAUACAUGAAACACAUACAUUAAUAUAUAUACGUACAAGUGUGAAUUGAAGCGUAGAUAUAACCAGUCGCUUCCCGCACAUGUUUGUACAACCUGUUGACGCAGAGAAUCUAAUCAGUAUUUUUUUUAGUCUUUUAUUACAAAAUGAGCAGUAAAUAUAAAAUUAAGGUGGGUAUUAUUGGUGGAUCUGGACUAAAUGAUCCUGGAAAUCAAAUCCUAAAAUCUUGCUGUAUUAUUAAGCGUGAAAGUGUCGAAACAGAUUUUGGAUUGCCGUCUAGUAAUCUUUUCCAGGGAACAAUAGCUGGAGUUGAUUGUGUAUUACUCUCAAGACAUGGUGUAGGGCAUACAAUAAAUCCAACUGGUGUUAAUUAUCGUGCAAAUAUUGAAGCCUUGCGUUCUGUCGGAUGUACACACAUUAUAGCAUCAACAGCCUGUGGUUCUCUCGCGGAGUCUAUUGACAGAGGUCAUUUCGUUAUUCCAGAUAGUUUUAUUGACAGAACUAUUCAUAGAAAGGGAACAUUUUAUGAUGGUACGUCACAAAGUUAUCAAGGAAUUUGUCACAUUCCAAUGGAACCAUCAUUCGAUCCUCAAGUCUCUAAUAUUAUUCAGAGAGCAUCUGAACAAGUUGGAAUAACUAUCAGGAAAGGAGGAACUAUUGUGACAAUAGAAGGUCCCAGGUAUUCAUCAAAGGCCGAAAGUAAAGUUUUUCAGUCUUGGGGUGGGCACUUGGUCAAUAUGACUAUAUGCCCUGAGGUAUAUUUAGCAAAAGAAGCAGGAAUUCUUUAUAGUGCAAUUGCUUUAGCAACUGAUUAUGAUUGCUGGCAUGAAUCUGAACAAGUUGUAUGUACCUCUGACGUAUUAGACGUAUUUAAACAAAAUGUUGGCAGAUUAAUUGAGGUGAUUGUGAAAUCAGUGGAACUAAUUGGAAAACAAAAUUGGGAUCAGCAGAUCGAUAAUCUCAAGGAAAUUAUAAAAAGCAACACCCUUAUUUAGCUGCAAGAAAACAUGAAACGAAUAUUUUACGAUAAAAAGAUUGCUGACCAAAAUUAGUAGGACUUUUAUCCUUGUUACACUCACCGAAAAACGCAAGCGUGUAAACACUGCCCAAGGCACAGAGUCCGAUUAUAUCUGUAUGGGAACGUGUCGUGCUGUAGUGACCAUUGUAGAACCUGCUUGAUUUCCCGUUUGCGAUUAUUAUUUCCGUUAUGUUUAUAUUUGGCCUAUAGCUUAAGAAAUAAUUAUAUUUCUCACUUUUAUUUAAUAAACAAAUAAUAAAACUUG